AUGUCAAGACUCCUCGCUCUGUUGUUGAUCUCUGCCACGUUGGCGGAAGGCCUUCGUUCAGGUCUAUCCGCAGAGUAUGUUGUUUAUCCAAGACUCCUGGAAGCAAGAGGAACCAACGGAGAAAAAAUUCUUCAAAUCACUGAACAACUUUCUCUUAGUUUAGAAAAAAGCUCUGCUAUCGCCGACAAGUUAGUUGUCUCGAGUACUAAUGGCGCUGAGCAAGUAGAUAGCAUUGUGGACGGAAAGGAGGUGGUAAAGAAUAUUUAUUACGAUAAAAGUAAGAUGGCAGCUGUGUCGGUGUCAGAGCAAAACGGAACUGUGGAAGUGAGCGGGGCCUUGGGCCCCACAUUGAGGAUUGCUCCUCUGCCCCUGAUGGGACACCAUGAAGGUCGAUACGGAGCACACAAAGUCUUUGAAAUCGAGGAGCCGGAGGGGCACAGAAUCGAUUACACAGCGCCGAUGCGUCAAAGUAUUUACAACGCGAGGUCUACCCGACCAGCCGCACAAAUACCGAGCGUUUUUCUUGUCGAGGUGGCAAUGGUGUUCGAUCACCACCACAGAAAGCAGUUCAAGACUACAAGAAGCCUCUUGCGAUACGCUGGAGUCACUGUUCAACUGGUCAACAUGCGAUUUGACGUCACUUCGCAUCCAAGAGUUCAAUUUGUUCUGGUUGCUGUUCUUGAGUUGACAGAGAUGAACACCAUUACAAGAGAAGUAGUAGCUCAAGAUAAGUUGAAGCCGCGAGGUUACACUAAAAGAUAUGUCUGGUUAAAAAGAACGCUUAAGAAUUUGAAGGACGCAGUCAACUCGGGGAGGAUCGAGGUUACCGCAGACCUCGUCACCUUGGUUACAUCAGGUGACCUCGCAAAAAUUGAAGAUGGUAUUUUUUCCAACCGUGUCAUUGGUUCUGCCAGGAUCGGGGGAGUGUGCCAUUAUUGCCGUGUUGCCCAAACAGAAGACCAGCCUCAUACAUACAUUAUGGUCAGCAUUCUUGCCCACGAAUGGGGACACUCGCUUGGAAUGGUGCACGACGGAUUAAGGGCAAAAUACAGCACUCCGGCUUACAGAAAUGUUACCUGCGACCCACGUGCCGGCUACCUAAUGGCACCUGUUACGUUUGGCGCCAGAAUGGGACAAUGGUCUAAGUGCUCCUUGGCUCACUUGAAAGGGUUUGUAAGGACUCUAGAUCAAGCCUGCUUUGAUGUGACGUCACAGACGCGCUACAGAAUAAACAUGAAGGAACUUCCGGGGACGAAAAUGACGAAGAACCAACUGUGUCGUGAAGCCUUCCCAGACUUUGGUCCUAUGAUUUCCCGUGGCCAUUGCGUGAAUAACAGAUGCGUCAAGAAGUAG